AUGACUUCAAACAUACCUGAGAUCCUGCUCCUUUGCCAGGAUGUAGAUUUCAUCGAUGCCUUCAAAGAGGCACUACGGACCCGCUGGCCCAAAUACACCCCCGAUAAAGUGAAGAUCACCAUGAUUAACGAGCGCCUCAAUUCUCUCCCAGAGUCAUUUAAGUUCGACCUGAUUGUUUCCCCGUCCAAUUCAUACGGUCGCCUUGAUGGUGCAUUCGACCAGGCCAUUUCAAAAACAUUCAGUCCACUUGACGACUUCCACGCCGUGACACGCUCUGCUCAAACCGUUCUCUACGACAAAUGGCGGGGGUUUGCCCCGCCAGGAUCUUGCACCCUCGUUGAGUGGGGACUGACCUUGGCUAGCAACUCGCGUGGCUGUCGCUGGCUCGCGGUCUGUCCGACUAUGAGAGAGCCUCAGAAUAUCAACUGGGACCGGGAGCUUGUUUACGAAUGUACCUGGAGUCUGAUGUGUCAAGUUGAAGGUCAUAAUCGUCGCCACUCGAAGAAGAUCAGAUCGAUCCUCAUGACGCCUUUUGCCGCAGGUGUUGGGAGGGUCAGCAAGGAGCGCUGGGCGUCUCAGACCGUCCUUGCAUUGAGGCAAUUUGUCGAGUCGAUUGAGAGACCUCAGCAGUGGAGUAGUCUGCAGUGGGACAAGAUUGAGAGGAUUGGCAAUGACAUAACUAGUACUUGGAAGGGCACUGAAGGGUCGUAA